UGCUCACCGGAAGUACCUUCGGCCAAUCACCUCAGGGCUCCGUGCUGACGUCUUUCCAUCAACUCUGUCUACGCUGCCCUGCCAGCCCUUCCCGCGGCAGCGGCUUCAGAGCGAGGGAGCCGUUGAUUGGGCAGCUGGGAUGCCAGUCAAAUUUCUUAAGUCCCCCGGUGCCCGGCUCACUUGGUCCCUCCCUAUAGCCCUUCAGUCCACUGGCUAGAAGGGUAUGCGCCUGCGCGCUCUCCACUCUCCCAUUGGCUCAUUCCUGGGCUAGGGAAUACGAAAUCUCCAGCCAAUAGGAGUGCAGGUGCCGUAGCCGGAGGUUGGUGUCCCCCUGCUGGGGUGAUCUGGCGCAGAGCGGAGGAGGUGCUUGCUCCUGCUCCUGCUCCCGCUCUUCCCCUCUCCUUGCGGCCUCCCGGAGGUCGACCCUCUUCUUGCGGCCUGCAGUAGGAUGUUUAUGACGCCUAAGAGGAGCAAAAUGGAAGUCGACGAGUCUCGGGUUUUCCGGGCCGAGUGGACCCAGCGUUACUUGGUGGUGGAGCCUCCGGAGGGCGAAGGGGCCCUGUGCCUGGUCUGUCGCCGCCUCGUCGUAGCCACCCGCGAACGCGAUGUCAGGCGCCACUACGAGGCCGAGCACGACUACUACGAGCGGUAUGUGGCGGAGGGCGAGCGCGCGGCCCUGGUGGAGCGUCUGCAGCAGGGCGACUUGCCCGUGGUCACCCCGCUCACUCCCGAGGAGAGAGCCGCCCGUGCAGGCCUCGGGCUCGCCCGCCUCUUGGCCUUGAAGGGUCGCGGCUGGGGUGAGGGGGACUUUGUGUACCAGUGCAUGGAGGUGAUGCUGAGGGAUGUGCUGCCCGAACACGUAAGCGCUCUGGAUGGCGUUGAUUUAUCGCCAGAGGUCACGCGGCAGAGGGUCCUCAACAUUAACAAGAAUCUACGCAGUCAGCUUUUUAACCGAGCCAAGGACUUUAAAGCCUAUUCCCUUGCCUUGGACGACCAGGCCUUUGUGGCCUAUGAGAACUACCUCCUGGUCUUUGUCCGUGGCGUGGGCCAGGACUUGGAGGUACAGGAAGAGCUUCUGACCAUCAUCAACCUGACUCGUCACUUCAGUGUUGGGGCCCUUAUGGCGGCAAUCCUCGAGGCCCUGCAGACGGCAGGGCUUAGCUUGCAGCGAAUGGUUGGACUCACCACGACCCACACGCUGAGGAUGAUUGGUGAGAACUCAGGACUAGUGUCAUACAUGAGAGAAAAGGCUGUAAGCCCCAACUGUUGGAAUGUUAUCCAUUAUUCAGGAUUUCUGCACUUGGAACUGUUGAGCUCCUACGAUGUAGACGUUAACCAGAUCAUAAAUACGAUAUCUGAAUGGAUAGUUUUGAUUAAGACCAGGGGCGUUAGGCGCCCCGAAUUUCAGGCUCUCCUCACUGAAUCUGAAUCAGAGCAUGGCGAAAGGGUUAACGGACGGUGUCUGAACAAUUGGCUUAGAAGAGGGAAAACUUUAAAACUGAUAUUUUCCCUGAGAAAAGAGAUAGAAGCCUUCCUGGUUUCGAUAGGGGCCACAACGGUCCAUUUCACAGACAAGCAGUGGCUUUGUGACUUUGGCUUCUUGGUGGAUAUCAUGGACCAUCUUCGAGAACUCAGUGAACUGUUGAGAGUUAGUAAAGUCUUUGCUGCCGCUGCCUUUGACCAUAUCUGUACCUUUGAAGUUAAGCUGAGUUUACUGCAGAGACACAUUGAAGAAAAAAACCUAACACACUUUGCGGCCUUCAGAGAAGUUGUCGAUGAGCUUAAACAGCAUCUUAAAGAAGAACAAAAAAUAUUUGAUCCCGAUAGGUAUCAAGUGGUGAUCUGUCGCCUGCAAAAAGAAUUUGAGAGACAUUUCAAGGACCUCAGGUUCAUUAAAAAGGACUUGGAACUUUUUGCAAAUCCUUUUAAUUUUAAGCCUGAAUAUGCACCUAUUUCAGUAAGAGUGGAGCUAACCAAACUUCAGGCAAAUACUAACCUUUGGAAUGAAUACAGAGUCAAAGACCUAGGGCAGUUCUAUGCUGGCUUGUCUGCCGAAUCUUACCCAAUUAUCAAAGGGGUUGCCUGUAAGGUGGCAUCCUUGUUUGAUAGUAAUGAAAUCUGCGAAAAGGCUUUUUCGUAUUUGACUCGAAACCAACACACUUUGAGCCAACCCUUGACAGAUGAGCAUCUCCACGCCCUGUUUAGGAUUGCCACAACUGAAAUAGAGCCGCAUUGGGAUGACCUUGUGAGAGGAAGAAACGAACCCAAUCCAUAGGCCUUGGUAGUACGACACUGAGACGCUCAGAGUCUGAUUCUAAAAGCAAACCUUUGCCUGAUUUUUCAAGUUAACUAAUUUGGAUUGUGGCAAAGCACCAAGUUUAUUCAUCCAAAUUGAUCACGAUUCAGAUUCUUCUGACAGAGGUGUUUUUGUUUUUGUUUUUGUUUUUUUCAUCUCAAGAGGCAGCAUGGGACUGACACAUGCAAACACCUUUUUUUAAAUUUAAUUUAAUGACAAUGUCAUUGUCUUUUACUUUUAUGAUACGAUUGUUUCUAAAGAAAUUCAGUACUGAUAAUGCGAGUUGAAUUAGAAGUCUGUUUUUCUGGUGUUUUGAAGAAGUUUUAGCUCUUCUUUUGAACAAAGUGUUAAAAUUUUGAUGCAUAUGAUCUGAAGUUACCAACCCCAUAAAUGUAUGUUUGAGCCAGUUUGCAGAAACUCACAUAGCAAGUUCAGAAGUUUCUGCAAAGGAGGAGCGUACAUACGGUGGAGGUAUUUUGUCUAACUAUCAAAGUGUUUGUUUGAGACUAUUUUUUUUAAACAUUUUUCUGAGUCCUAAGUAAAUACUGACAGAUUUCCUCAACUCCCCCCCCCCCCCCCCCCGCAACCAGCCCUAGCAAUGAUUAGAGGGAAAUAAUCAAAAUUUUAGUCAGAGGAGUAAGAAUUAUGUUUCAGUUGCUGGUUUAGGAGGCUUCCUGCAUUUUGGAGAUCAGACUAACCAAUUAUUGGGGAUUUCCCCUGAAUUUUUCACACUUGGGUGCUGUUUUGUCAGCUUGCCUACUAAAGGACUACGAUGAUUUCUGGCUCUUCUGGGAUUUAAAAGUAAGUAAAUUUAAUAACAUUUUCGAGGAAUGACUCGGUAUUUCUGGUCACUAGAUACCCAGUUCUCUUGCUUUCUUGCCUGCGGAAUGUCCUCAUCACUUCUCCAAGGGAGGUGACCCAAGAGGGACAUCUAGUCAAGGUGUACUUACUCUUUUUCUUUGCUUUCUUGUUCAUGUGCCUCUGAACUUAAUUUCUGGGUAACUGGGGCUUUUGGGAUUCGUGGAAGAACUAUAACCAUGGCCUGUUUCCUUGAGUCAUUUUAAUUUAAGGGAUUAACCAGUGUUCACUUAGUUGGACUUUUAGUCUGUGGCACAUUAACUCAUCCAGAGGCGUUAACGGUAGGUGUGGUGGUCAUCCGGUGAUCCUUGCUGCAAAACUGGGUUUUCAUGGGCUUCUUUAAUCUUCUGGAUUAAACAAUUUCUCGUUUUUAUCUUUUUGUAAUUGAGCAGUAGCCUCAUCCUACCCAAUAAGUACUUCAACUUGUGAACUCUACCCCUUUCAUUUCUGCUUGCAAUUUGACGAAUUCUGAGUUCAUCUCUUUCUUGUACAUUUUGUCAAAUGCAGCCAACAACAACCAUAAAACAUUUUGUUUUCUUUCUUUUUCCCCCCCUUUAAUAAAGAAAGAGUCUGUGCCUUCCAUGCUUUCCCAAGAGACAAUUUGACCACUCCACAACGUGAAUUGCCCCUACGUAAGUUAUUUCUCCCAUCCUCCAGUAGCAAUUUCCUGAAUGCCUCCCAACGAAGCCAGCGUGUAGUACGUUAAGGUUUUUAAAAAAUGGAGCCACUUUCUGUAUCAGGAUGGGUAAGGUUGUCCUACAGUAACGACCACAGAAUCUCAAUGCCUCACGUAACUUUUUUUCUUGCAACUUGUCUAGAGACUUUGCUCUAGGUCAGGGGUCAACAAACUACAGUCCACAGGCAAAAUCCGUCCUGUUGCCUGCUGCUGUAAAUAAAGUUUUACUGGAAGGCAGCCUUGCCCAUUUACUUAUGUCUGUGGCUGCUUUUGCUCUAUGGCAGAAUUGAAUAGCUGUGACAAAGUGCAUAGUCCACUGAGUCUAAAAUAUUUACUGUGUGACCCCACAGAAAACGCUCACUGAUCCCUGCUCUGAGUCGCUGAGACUCAGGUUGACCAGGCAGAUACCAUCUAGGGUGUGGCUGUUCAUUUUGGGAAAUGAGAAGAAUACAGCAAAUCACUUACAGGCCCUUAAAGCACUUUCAUUGACCAAAACAAAUCCCAUGGCCACACCAAAGUUCGAGGAAUAGUGUUAAGUCUUCCACGUGCCUCAAAGGAAAACCAGAAAUAUUUGGAAGACAACACUAGAUUAACACAUGGUUAUGUCUCCAUUUAUAUAAUUUCUUUAGAAAUCUUUUUUAGUGAGGUAAAACAUCCAGUAAAGUGUGUAAAUGUUGAGUGUAUGCCUCAGUGGAUUUUUAUAUACACCCUUGAACCCAUCACCCAGAUCAAGAUAGUGAACAUUUCUAGCACCCCAGCAAAUGCCCUUGUGUCCCUCCCGCCCACAGAUAAACACUACUCUGACCUUGAUCACCAUAGAUUACUUUUGUCUUUUUAAAGCUUCAUGUAAAUGUAACAAUUAUAUGUACUCUUGUGUCUUUUGUUCAGUACUGUGUGACUCAUCCAUGUUGCAUGUAGCAGCAUUUUUUACUCACGUGCAGUAUUCCAUUGUACGACUACCGCAAUUUAAAAUUCCAUUCUACUGUUGAUGGAAAUUUUGGUUGUUUCCAGUUUGUGGUUAUUAUGAAUAAAGUCGCUAUAAACAUUUUCGUA